AUGCUGGCUCAGCGGCGCUCCCUCCGCGACACAGCGAAAGCCGCCGCACAAGGCCAACUGAGCAUGUGGCCCGUCUUCGCCGCCACGGCAUCGCAGUACCCCGACAUGAUCUGUAUUUGGACACGCGAACAGUCCUACACAUACCGGGAAGCCCUAGCCGCCGCAGCCCGAUACGGCCAUUUCUACCUGUCCAAGGGGGUACAAAAGGGCGACCUGGUGGCAUUCUACCUGCAGAACCGGGCGGAAUUCAUGUUCGCCUGGUUAGGGCUCUUGAGCAUCGGAUGUGCUCCGGCAACCAUCAACUACAACCUGACUGGCGAUGCGCUGAUGCAUUGCCUAUCCAUCAGCGGCGCCAAGCUGCUGCUGGUUGACCCGGAGGCUGAAUGUAUGGCUCGCAUCGAGGAGCGAAGGUCGACGAUUGAGAAUGAGCUGGGCAUGCAACUCGUCACUGUUGCCGACGCCUUCAGUAAUCAUUUGCUUUCGUUCCCGGCCUCUGUGCCGAUGGAUGGCCAGUUGGCCUCCCACGUCCCUGGCGAAUUUCCUGCCAUCCUCCUCUACACCUCCGGCACGACCGGCCUGCCCAAAGGCUGCGCCUUCACCACCUCCCGGCUCUAUGCCACCCAGACCAUUCGCAACAGUAACAUAACCAACGUGUCCGGCCCCGGCGGGGACAGGUGGUACAGCGCGAUGCCGUUGUACCACGGUACAUCAGCGAUCGCCAUGAUCAAUAACAUAGUUGGCGGACGAAGCAUCGCCAUCGCGCCGCGAUUCAGUGUGCGCAAUUUCUGGCCCGAUGUCCGGGCCUCUCAGGCGACGGUCUUCGUGUAUGUCGGUGAAGUAGUCCGGUAUCUACUGGCCGCACCGCCAUCCCCCCAAGACCGGGAGCACGGGGUGCGCAUGAUGUACGGGAACGGCCUGCGGCCGGACGUGUGGGAGCGGUUCCGGGAGCGGUUCGGGGUGCCGGAGGUCGGGGAGUUCUUCAACAGCACGGAGGGGAUCUUCGGGCUGUUUAAUCUCAAUCGCGGGCCGUUCACGGCGGGGUCUGUCGGGCAUCAUGGGUUGUUAUUGCGGACAAGUUUGAGAAAUACAUAUGUUCCUGUCGUGGUGGAUGCAGAGACGGGGGAUGCGGUGCGUGAUGAGAAGACAGGGCUGGUGAAGCGGGCGGCGUAUGAUGAGGGCGGGGAGAUACUGGUCAAGGUGCCGGAUGAGAAGGCGUUUCAGGGGUAUUGGAGGAAUGAAGCGGCGACGAAGAAGAAGUUCAUGCGAGAUGUGCUGACGAAAGGGGAUUUGUGGUAUCGGUCUGGAGAUGCGUUGAGGAGGGAUGGUGAUGGGAGGUGGUAUUUCCUCGAUCGGCUGGGGGAUACGUUCCGGUGGAAGAGUGAGAAUGUGUCCACGGCAGAAGUGGCCCAAGUACUGGGCCGGUAUCCUGGCAUCCAGGAAGCCAAUGUGUAUGGAGUGAAAGUGCCUCAUCAUGAAGGCCGCGCAGGAUGUGCGGCCUUAUUGCUCAGUCCUGAGGCCCGCAGCGGGUUUGACGGGCAGGGACUGGCCCGGUUCGCGCGUGCACAGCUGCCGCGGUAUGCGGUGCCGGUCUUCUUGCGCGUCGUGGAACAGUCAUGGCAUAUUCAUAACCAUAAGCAGAACAAGGGGCCGCUGCGCCAGGAGGGCGUGGAGCCUGGCAAGUUGGGGUCGAAGGUGGUGCAGGGCCACCGCGACCGGCUGUUUUGGUUGCCUCCGGGGUCGGAGGGCUACAUAGAGUUUGGUGAGAAAGAUUGGCAGCGUCUCGCGGGGGGUGAGGCGAAGUUGUAA